AAGAAAUUCAAAAUCAAUAUAUAAGCUAUGAAUAUUCUCUUUCCCAUGAAAGCUAAUAUGAGUCUGUGAUUUAUUUAUCGUUACGGUCUGUCAAUCUUAGAUUCGUCUAUUGUGACUCCUAGUCCUAGAUCGAAUAAUACAUAGCGAUAUUUAUUCUUGAGGCAGCUGCAUCACGUCAACAACCAGGAGGAAAUACCUACCCCGCUGCACAGUAAGCUACUUUAAGCAUUGCAUAGCCCAAAAAGCAUACAAACUCAAAGUCAAACUGCCAAAUAACGUUGGGCAUUGAAAAUCCUUCAACGAGCAACACGAUCGAUCACAAGUGCCCAAGACUCACGCGGGUUCUUCCAUAAAUAUUUACAAAGGAACGAAGCAGCUAAAAUAACGGUUCGAUGAACGACGAAAACGGUAUUGAGGGAAGAAAUCCCGUCAUUCCUCCUUCCUCGCCAUUCAAAAUGACAGAGAAUGGCACCGUACUUUCACCUACAAGGAGUGUCUUUGGGCAUGAUAAGGGUCAAGCACUUACGGGAAAGCAAGAGCAUUGUAUGUAUUCAGCAAAUAUAUUCUGCUUUUUCGCAAACGCUGUGGCUAAUCUUCUCCAGAUCUCAAGCGCGAGUUAAUCUCUCAGCAAGUGAAAUACGAAAUCACCGAGUUGAACUCUCCCACGGCACUACAGAGAUUCGGUGCCCCAUUCAAAUCCGAUCGCGGGGAAGUAUCUCCCUUGGAUUCCGAGCUACCUAUUCUCAGAUACAUAUUCGUACAUCAUGUUCGCGAGUUUCCAUUUCUGGACAAGGCGAAGGAGAAGGAGUUCUGGCAGGACAAACUACAGGUGGUGAGUUUAAGUCCCUGGGCUCUUGGGAUUGAUUUAUCUAACAAAUGUACUAUGCAAGUUCCUACAAUCUUUCGCGGAGAAACAUAUCUCGUCAUCCGAAGACAGGCUCGAAGAGACAAAGCGCAGAAAGUUAUCAAUUAAAUGUCAGAAGCUAGUAGAGCUGAUGAUGGUGUCUGGUAUACCAACGGCUUCGGGAUAUGAGGAGAGGAUUAGAUUUUCUGAGUUAGAAGUUGUCGAUGCUGGUGCUAUUGAGCAUGGAGUUCUCUCAACCAUGCCAGAAGGUCAUUAUCUGCACGGCUGGGAUGUGAACGUGGCAGGAGUUAGAACAACCAAAGUCAAACGUAACAUCAGAUACCAUAAGCAUGCGGUGAGUUCAUCACCAGCUAUACUUCUGGAAAAACUACUUAUGCCACCUUAGGAAUUCAUUCUCCGAGUUAAGAAAAAGGGGGAGAUCCCAUACUUCAUUGGACGAAGAUAUGGUGAUUUCAGCAGACUUCACAAGAGGCUAAGAACAGAACUCCCUGGCAAAGUCCUCCCACCCAUGCCCAAAAAGAAUAAGGAAAGUUCGACCGCCUCGAAUCUGAUUAGUGGCAUUACGGGUGGGAAGGAUUCCGACGCAUCUUCCAUGUCCUCGGUUUCAACGAUGGGAAAUCUGAGCGCUGAAAGUGGCAUGAAGAAUCUUUCCGUCCGUGGUUAGUCCAUGAACCUUCUGUCAUGUUUCGAUAUUCAAAGAGUUAAUUCUAGUAGAUCAUCGUCGCUCUGGAUCGGCAGCGUCAUUCGGAAGGUCAUCUCCUAGAGCAUCGACGUCAUCCCCACGACCAUCUGUAGACAAAAGCUUCAAAAGUCCUUCGACCCCUGCAACGGAUUCCGAUGUCAGUCUCCUUCAUAGACGAUUGAGCUACCACGUGCUAAUUUCUUUCAGGGCAUGACACUAUGGCGAGAAAACCAGCGUAUAUCCUUGAGGGCAUUUCUCCGUGGUCUUCUUACCAAUCCUCAAAUCGCCGGAACACGAGCAAUGCAAGAUUUUCUGUCAAGUCAACCUAUUAAACUAAGUGAUGAAGAUGUAGAGGAUGUAGAGAAACGAAGGUUAAUGGACGAGAAGAGAGUUGAAGAGCAGAAGCAGUUUUAUGAAAUAGCCAGGAAGCGUGCCGCUGAAUUGGACAUAUACAUGGAAGAGUAAGUACUCCGGCUUGAACCUCUUUAUGUUCCAUCGACUUACUAUUUUAGAUUUCGUCGCGAUAUUGUGGAAAGCAAUGGUCUCACCAAAUUAUUCAAGGAAAUCAAAGAUAAGCCAACCAUUCAAGAUCUCAGCAUCCAGUACCAGAAGUUUGCGGAAUGGCUACGGAUCGAAGUAGCAGCAACGCUUUACCAUUUGUUCCUGGCGGAAGAUAACUCUCCUGAAUUAUUCGCGCAAGCGAAAAAGAUCCAUUCAAUGAUACCCUAUACGAUUAUUAAGAACGCAAUCAGGAUAGCUAACCCCGCGGCUGUUAUGUCCAGCAUAUUAGACAUCUUUUUAGCACAACCUUUUGGAGCGAGAUCGCUCAUGCAAAGAAUCUUUUCUUUAACAUUAAACGAUGGCAUCAGAAGUUUCCAAAAAUCUAUCGACGGCCUUGAGGAUAAGGUCAAUGAGCGCGUGUUCUGCGAGAAACUAAAGAAGUUCUCCGACGGUCCGGAAGAUCUCAAAAAUUCUAUCAGAGCUGAUGCAGAAGACGAUAACGUGGACUUGAUUGUCGCCAUCCUGCGAUCAGACGCAAUCGAACCACAACUCAAUGCAGGGCAAAUUGGCAAAAUAUUUAACGCUUAUGUGGCAUGGAACAAUGCUGUGGAGAAUGUUGAUGAGGAGAUGAAACAAGGUGCACAACUAUUCUCAUACUUGAAACAGCUUCUAAAACUGUACACAAGACAACGGGACAAGGCUAUGAUGCUCAAUAUGAUUGAGGAACCAGUUACGCUACGCCUUCUUCGCGAUUUGUUCACCAUCUUUUACGAGCCCUUGGUACGGGUGUACAAAUCGGCAAACGUGUACAAUAGCGUCACUGAUUUUGCCGAUUUUAUUGAGGAUACAAUAAGCGUAAGUGCGAUUCUGCUUUCAUUGAUUGACAGAAAUGGCUAAUGAUGUUAUCAAAAGGUUGUCGAGAAAUGCCGGGAGCAAGAUUUUUCAGCAGACCCUAACCAAACAGUUCAAGCAUUUAUUGAUUUAUGCCAACGACACGAACACAAUUUUUACAAGUUCGUUCACGAAGUCCAUACACAUGAUAAUGGGUUGUUCACUCAAUUGAUGGGUUGGAUCGAGGGAAUUUUGGAGUUCCUUCGUCAAGGCCCUAAGGGCGGAAAACUUGACAUCAAUGCUCUUGUUAGCGGUGCCGUGAGCAUGAAUCAACUAAAUAAGGAAGUUGCCGUCAAUGAGAUAAACCAAUUAAUCACAUGGCAAGAAGCACGCAAGAAGUGGCAUUCUGAUAAGACAAGACAAAAAAUGGCGGCAGAAGGUACAGGCACUGUAGAGCAAGUACCUGGAGCGCUAGCAUUUAAGAGUGCCGAUUUUGGACUAGAUGAAAUGGAUCUUGAGGAGAUUAACUAUGAAGAAGAAGAUGAGAGUAGUGAUGAGGACGAAGAAGACGACGAGUUGGACCCAAUUGCGGCAGAAAGAAAGAGAAGAGCAAGGAAACAGGACCAUUUGAGGAGAACAGCGGGGGAGCCUGUUAAGCCAGAUGUGCAAGAGGUGUAUAAAUUGAAGGAUGGGUUCUUGAGUAUGCUUAGGGGUGUACUUGCUGAGUAGUGAAUGGUUUUGAUUUGAUGGGGGAAAAUAGAUGUUGUAUCGGUAUAAGGGUAGUAUGAUACCUCUUGGGGGAGUUGGUUUUUGGGGAUGUUUAUGGAGGACUGGACGAUUCGUGUGGUCGGGUCAUUGAUAUUGAAAUCGGAUGACUGUAAUAGAUGCAGCCAACGGAAGAUACAUGAACACCGGAUACAAAUAGCGGACAUAAAUAGCGGAUACCAGGGAAAAUAUCAUAGACAAUCGAUGGCUGUCAUAAUAAUCCCGGAAAUGUUCUGACGAAUUUGUGAUUAACAGAUAUUUAGGGUUGGAUCAACUUCAGUAUGUUUGGCGUUGUCCGAUGCUUUGUCCCUUUAUUAGCUUAUGCACAAAUGAGAAUUCUAGACAAUCGAUUCUUCAAAUUUCGGAAUAAACCUUGAUAGAAGAGACCACCUGGUG